AUGGAUGAUAUGAAUGAAAAAAAUAAUUCUACUUACUCUUUUUUUUAUAAAAAUUUAUCAGUAACAGGAUUUUAUGAAGAAAAUGCUUUAUUUAUGACUGUUAAGGAAUUAUUUGAUAAUUCUAUUGAUUCACUAGCUAAUAUAAAAGACGAAGAAGAAAAAAAAAAAAAAAAAAAAAUUGAAAUAUUAAUAAAUGAAUAUAAUAAAAAUUUAUCAUUUUAUGAGAUUAUAUGCAGAGAUAAUGGAGGUGGUAUUCAGAUUAAGGAUUUAGAAAGUUUUGCUGAAAUGUUUUUAACAUCAAAAGAUAAAAGUAAAACGUGCGGAAAGUUUGGUAUUGGUUUAAAAACAAUAUUAUUGUAUUCUUAUAAAACAGCUUAUGGUUUUUUACAUAUUAAAGUAAAAGUUGAGAAAAAUAAGAUCUGGGAAUUUAUGCUAGUAAUUGAUAAAAAUUUAAAUCAUACAUUUGUACAAAAUUUUAAGGAAUAUAUUGAUGAAGAAUGGGAUUGGUCAGUAGAAAUAUCAGUUAUUUUAAAAAUUAACAACAAAUUUAUUUAUGAUAAAAGAAUUUUUCUAUAUAUAAAGUUAACACUUUUAUGGAAGAGAGAUAUUAAUGUUAAAUGUUGCUGUGAUUCUGAACAGUUCAUAUAUACUUACGAAGAAAACUCUAAGGAUGAUAAUAUAUUAAACUUAAUAUUAGAUAAUGACACAACGAUAGCGUUUCAAAAAAAACACUUGAGUUCUUUUAAUUUUAAUUUAAAUAUAUAUAUAGAUGUAAGAAAAUCAGAUAAAAUUUUUGUAGAUACAUCAAAUACUAAUAUAGGUAUUAUUUUUUUAAUACGAUAUGUAAAUUCUAUGCCACUUUUUGGAAUUAAUACGGAAUGUUCUAUAACUAACUAUUUUAAAGCUUUUCUGAAGUUAUAUGGACCUCAAUUUGGAAUGGAAAUUUUUUCAAUGGAAAAUGCUAAUGAAAUAGGUUUAGAUGGAUUAAUUAAUUUAGAACAUUUUAAAGAUCUAAAAGAUAUAUGCGACAUAUUCUACUUAAAAAAGUCAGAGAAAUCUACAUGGAAUUUAAUGAUUUUAGGAAUAGAUGUUAUAGGAAGUGAUAUAUCUUUUGCCAAUUUAAAAAAAAAUAGCAUAAAAGAGGGAGAAUAUUUAUCUAAUUUAAUAAAAAAGUGCUUAUUAAAUUCAUUUAAUAAUAUAAAAACGAAAAAACCACAGGAAUUUGAAAGUCUAUCAGAUUACCAAUUAAGACAGGCAUUAGAUAUAUAUGGUACGCAAUUAGCUUCUUCUCUAAGUAAAAUAAUUUUAAAAGGAAGAGAAGAAUUUAAAAAUAAAGUAUUUUUUUUAUUGAAUGAAAAAAAAAAAAAAAAAAAAUCUAAUAUAACUGAAAAAGAAAAAACGUAUAGUUCAGGAAACUACACAAUUGAAGAAAUUGAAAAUGACUUAAAAGAUGAACUCUAUUGUCACAUUAAAGAAAAAGUUUUAAGUAAUGAAAAAGGUAGUGAAUAUAUAAACACAAAAAAUGAUUCAUCUGAAAAAUCAAAUGCAUCAGAUUAUGAAGAUGAAAAAGAUGAUGAAGAGUAUGAAGAAGAAUAUGAUGUUAAGGAUGAAUGUAAUGAUAAUGGAUUUUAUUAG